AUGUCGUCACCUGGUAACGAUCUUGGCAUUCAGAAGAAAGAUCUGUCGCUCAUUGAAGAGCAAGCAAGAGCAGAUGCUACCGCUGCUGGUAUGGACGAAGAUGCUACUCAGUAUCACAUACGGCUGGCCGUUGAUCAUGCCAGAGACUACAACGACCUCUUUGAUGCCUUGUCAACUUGGGCUGAGGCUGGUUCUGUACGCCCUCAGGCUCCAGUUAUCGACCGUGGCCACAAGGAGGAGCUUCGUGUUAACCUGCAAAUGCCAGAACGAUACAAUGGUACACCGACUUUGCUACAUGGCUGA